AGCCUCUUGGCUCGUGCUGCCCCCCCUGGCCCGGCAUUCACUGCGCGUCAGCGCGCCAGGAUGUGGCCGAGGGGCGGCUCGGACCGUGCUGGCAGGGGCCCGGCGGCGGGUACCACGAGCCUUCCCUUCUCGCCGCGCCAGUCCCGCGACGCGAAGUCUCGGGACACGCCGCAGCGCAGCCCGUGCGGCCAGCGCAGCAGCCUCGCGCGCAGCUCCCCGCGCAGCCCCCCAGGGCAGCCCCCCGCCCCGCGCACCCCCCCGCGCACCCCCCCGCGCACCCCCCCGCGCACCCCCCCGCGCACCCCCCCGCGCACCCCCCCGCACAGCGGGCGUCGCCGCAUGGUUUGGGACGGUCCUUUUGACGAUGGGACGGACCAGCUGCUCAAGGACUGCUCCAGGGCUCUGACUAACGAUCGAGACGACAUAUAUCUUGGCGAGCCCUAUGAUGUUUCUGUCGAGGAUGGGUGCAGCAGACGCCAGCACAUCAGCAACAGACAAGCCGUGCACCGUGCAAGGCCUGAGGCGACCUUCUGGUCGCACCCCGAGGGCAAGAAGUACACUGCGUCGCUGGUGCUGGUUGGGGGUGUAGUCGUGGUUUUGCUUGGCGCCCUGGUGAUCUACACGCAGCAGCGCCAGCAGAGCUCAAGCGCACCGACAGAGGUCGGGGAGCGCACCCUUGAGGAACCGAUAGAGGGCGCGGCCAUCGCCAACGUGACGGCGGCGCGGCCUGAUGUAGCAAUGCCAGGCAGGAUCGUCGUGCCAACAGGACGCAGCGCAGCCGCAGGCGAGUCGGUGGACCCCGAUGUCCAGGGCGGCAGUGGCGGCAGUGGCGCGGCGAUGGUGGGCGUGGCAGCAGCGGCUGGCACGGAUUCCAACGGGGUCGCAACGACUACAGACGCGGCGGCAGUUACGGUCGAGAAGGUUUCUACUCCAGCGAUGCCGGGUGUGGAUGCGAUGGUUGGCGAGGGCUUAAACGGGAUCGCAGUGAUGCCAGACAUGGCGGCAGUGACGACUGAGAGGGCAGCCAUUCCAGCUCCCACCCCAGUCCCGCCGCCGCCUACCACUCCGGCUCCCACCCGAGCUCCCACUCCAGCUCCCACUGCAGCUUCCACGCCAGUUCCACCGCCGCCUUGCGCGAUCUCGAGGGAAAACUGUUUCGAGAGUCGCUGCUGUGUCGGGGCAGGCGAGCAGUGUUACGAGAAGAGCGCCGGGGAGGCGGCGUGCAGGGUAGAGUGUGUUGCUGGUCCAGACAUGUCCGCCUAUCUCGAACGAUCGAUCUGGUCCUGUCUGGAGCUUGGGCAGCGGACGCCUGGCCGAGCGACAAAGGUGAACUGGACGGGCAUGCCUGUACCAAGUUGGGCGAAACAGUACUGCUCCUCGGGUAAGGACAACUGCCAGAACACCAGGUGCUGCAGCGAGGAGGGCAUGCAGUGCUACGCUAAGGACAAGUCACUGGCCCAGUGUAAGCCCUCCUGCAUGCCAGGCCCAGACUUGACCGACGUCGACGGGAGGAGUUGGAGCUGCGAAGAGAUCGGACCACGCACACCCGGGACGGUCUUGGAGCCGAGCGUCACGAGCCUGGUGGUGCCAGCAUGGGCCAGGACGCAGUGCUCGGUCAGUGGCGAAAAUUGCAACUUGACAAGGUGUUGCAGUCAGGAUGGCCACCAGUGCUACUCCAAGAACCAGGGCUGGAGCUCCUGCAAGCCAGACUGCACGCCUGGACCCCAGCCAGAGGACCGUGCGGACGAGAGUUGGUCUUGCCGCGCUCUGGGGCCCAGGACGCCAGGCCUGGCGAAGACACUUCCCGUGAGGCGGGGCUCUUUCCUGGUUGUUGGUGACGUGGGAGUUGACGGAGGCACGCACGUCAGCUCGAUGAGAUGCAGGCUUGACGUCGCGAGGGCGAUGGACGUCAAGAUGAGCGAGCUGGGGGAUGUGAAGUUCGUGGUGAACGUCGGCGACUCCUUCAAAGACAAUGGCGUCCUCGGCAGGGACGACGAGAAAUGGGACAAGGCGUGGCGCUGGAUCUAUAGCGAGCAGCUCCGCAGCGUUCCCUGGUACAGCGUAUACGGGAACCACGACUACCGCUCGGACCCCUGCGCGUGCGUCGACGCGGAUGCGGAGUGCGCGCAGGUGAACUACGACGAACAGAACCUCGAGUACUUUCAGAUGCCUGGCACCAGCUACUUCAGGGCCUUUCCAGAAAUGGCGAUCGAGAUCGUGGGCCUGGACCUGAACAAUUUCUGCGAUGCCAGCCCCGAGACCCCUGGGAGAGGGCCAGGGGAUCUGGCCUUCGGGGAGUGCGCACGGAGCGGCUGCGUCGCCAAGUGCGUCAGCGUCAUCAGGAAUCGUACCCUGGAGGCACUGGAGCUCUUCUUCAACCGCAACAGUGAGUCCACGGCCAAGUCGCUCGUGGUCUUCUCCCACUACCCGACGGACUACUUCGUCAGCUCCCCCAACUUCCUCAGGGCUUUGGCGGACAACUCCAGGCACAACAUCACGUACUUCGGCGGCCACCGCCACGGCGUCGACAACGCCAGCGCCGUCUCCAUCGAGCCGAACAAGUACUGGGUCGUCGGCGAGGGCGGCGACGAAAGCUGCGACGCGGAUCGGCAGCAAGGGUUUGUCGUCGGGGAGAUCGCGGGCGACAGUUCCAUCACGACCUACCCAGUCUUCGUGGACGGAGGGUGCUGCUCUUCCUGAGAGGUAGAAUCGAAUGACGCCAGCAUUUGGUAUCUCGCGAUGAGCACGUUCUUUCUCGGCUAAUAUUGCGCUGGAAUGCCAGCAGAGGCUAUGCACGAAUUGCCCUCGCAGAAAAUGGCCCGCUGAUAAUUGAGAGACGGCAGCUUCGGCGAUUGCAUGAGCGUUAAUGAUUCUGGUUCCAGGCAUCGGCGCCAUUAUACAUACGAACGUAUAUAAAACAUGAGCUGUGCCUGUUUUCAAAUGCAUGCUGGUAAAUGCCACAAUUCGUACAUCUCUGCGAACGAUUGGUUUCGCCCUGUUAGUACUCCGUGCAGAUACAUCUACCCAGUUAGGCGUUACUUGCACACUCCCCUCGACCCAUCUGUGCACGGCCGGAUAUAGAGAACGCCGGCGGCGCAUCACCGGCCGCUCCCUGGGAAUUUGACGCAGCGUCUCGGGAGCCUCUUGGAGGCAGGUUUGAAGCCUCUUCGGCUCCUCUUAGGGGCCGUUAGGGGGCCUCUUGGGCUUUCUCUUGGGCCUCUUUUGGGCUUAUUGGGGGCUUCUUGGGGCCCAUCGAAUGUUUCUUGGGAGCCUGCUGGCGGGGUCGGAGGUCUCGCUGUG